AAAUGGCCAAACGCUUUUCAGAAGUUCAAUAUAUUUAAUACACAAUUUUAACGUAUUUUUGGACUUAAAAAGAUAGUGGUAUUGGGACACCUUUCCAGAUUCAGCCAAAAGGCAUCGGCAAGCUUCUCCUCUAAAGGUAUGCACACCUUCAGUUCCACAUGGAAUUUGUGAUAAGAUUCAAUGUAUAUCCCUAAGAAUUGAGGAAAAACAAACUCUUUUCCAAUAAUGUGAUACAUUUCCAAAAGAUUGACGUUAACAUAGACUUUGAAAUGUAAAAAUCCUAUAUAAAGGAUAUAUUGGAAAGAAAAAAGAAAAUAAUAAGGAUUUCAUCAUAGUUAAGAAACAAUAUUGAAGUAUGGAAUGAAAAUAUGAAGUUAAUUAGUAUAUCUCAAAAUUAAAUGUGGGAUAAAAAUACAAAAACUGCCACUGGAAUUCCAUGGAUUCAUAUCAUCCAGGCAUAUUGCGUGUUUCUUACCAGGUGUUAUCCAAAUAGCUUACAUCCCUAUCCCAAGUACAGGCCAAUUCUAGGAGGACCUGUUCUCUGGGUACCCAAACAGGGCCCUUAUGAAAAAGACAUUAUUGUAGCCAUGUUUAAAAGGUUGACUCGGGCAACCUACUCUCAGCUGCAUGUUUCGAGUUGGCUAAACUAAAAUGUGGAAAAUGACCAUUUUCUAGAAAAGGUUAGAAAAUAUUCUCUCGAGGCAUAAAUGCCCCUAGUCAUUGGAAAAGACAUAUUUGUCAAUACAAAAUUUAUGGAGAGCAUUUCAUUUACGAAAAUGGAUAGAACACUGCAAAGUGCGAUCCAUUUUAUUGUGCCUUCAAACAACUCUCAACUUAGAGGGAUUUGCUGAAAUUUUUCCUCCUCUCUAUUUCUCUUCGAAAAGUGAAAACUGAUGUUUUGAUAAAAUUAGGAAUGUAUCCCACAUGUUCAGGAAUUUUGUUUUCUUCUUCUCCUCCUUUUUUUUUGUAAAUUUUAAAUCUUAAUUUCCAUGGCUCCUCUGGUCCCGAGAUCUGGAGAUGCAGUUUUCGCCAAUGUUGAGAGAGUGAAUGCAGAGCUUUUCACUCUUACAUAUGGAGCGAUCGUGCGCCAGCUGCUCACCGAUCUGGAAGAGGUCGAAGAAGUCAAUAAGCAGCUUGAUCAAAUGGGCUAUAACAUUGGAAUACGACUGAUUGAUGAAUUUCUGGCCAAGUCAAAUGUUUCUAGAUGUGUUGACUUCAAGGAGACGACAGAAGUGAUUGCAAAGGUAGGUUUCAAAAUGUUUUUAGGGGUCACUGCAUCUGUUACAAAUUGGGAUGCUGAUGGGACAAGUUGCAGUCUUGUUUUGGAGGAUAACCCCUUGGUAGACUUUGUUGAGCUUCCUGAUACUUGCCAAGGUCUGUACUAUUGCAACAUCUUAAGUGGAGUUAUUCGAGGAGCACUGGAGAUGGUUUCUAUGAAAACGGAAGUCAACUGGGUACGUGAUAUGCUACGUGGAGAUGAUGCCUACGAGCUAAGAGUUAAACUGUUGAAGCAAGUUCCAGAGGAGUACCCAUACAAAGACGAUGAAUAAAGUACUGCUGCUCUAUUAAUUUUAUUUUAAACUUGCAGCUCUAGUUGGUGAUGGGUUCAUCACUGCAGAGUUCACAUUUUGGCAUAUUUCCUUGUUCAAAUUUCUCAGCGAUGUACUUCUUUAACAGAAAACCAGAAUUGGUUCAUCAACUUGGGAGUGGCAGAAAAUUUCCUUACAUCAUGCAACUUGCAACAAUAGACGAAAUGAUGUUAACUAAAAUGCUUGUGAAUAGUGGUAAGACAGUACCAUUCCUGCAUUGUAGCGGUAAACCGUGUCCUUUUGUAUCCUUGUUUGUUAGUUGAAUUUGUAGUAAUCAAGUUAGAACUUGAUGUUUUAUCUUGGAUAAUUUGGGAUGAAAUAUUUGAAUCAGCAAAGCUGAAUGGAUCUGUUUUAGGAGUCCACAAAAA